AUGCCGUUGGAACAGGCUCAGAAGUCCCCUGUGGGGACUCUGUCCAGUGAUACCGCCAACCCGUGGGCGGAUGAUGUAGUGGAAAGGCCCGACAGGAGCCAUUCUGUCUCUGAACAUCCUCCAGUCCAUGCUAGGGAACUAUUGCAGGGGUCGCCACUAGAUAGUAGAAGAGGCGAUCGCGUACCUUCGAUCGUCGUUGCAGGCACUCAGAGAAGGAUGGCUGCGAACGAAUGGCAAGAGGCAAACAACAGUGCGGAUUGGGAGCCACCUAUCCAACUCCAAUCCAACAACCCUUUUUUGAAAGCGAAACAAUCCGAUGAGAAUCCUUGGGGUCCGAAUAACCUACGAGCAUCACAAGGAGAUAAUUCAAGUGAUCGAUUGAGUCAGAGCGAAGGUUAUAUUCCAAUGACUGCGCGGUUGUCGCUUCUAGACCAGUCGGGAUCGGAGUCUCCAUGGGCUGAAGAACGCCCAGAGGCAGCUACACCGUCUCCCGCUUGGCAAAACAGUCGAACUGACUCUCAAAAUAUGUCAUCCAUGCCUCAUGCGGUCCGCGAAAAUGGCUCGACAUCUCCUUUCCAGACAUCAUCCAUAGGCAAUGAGCCUGGGUACUCUUCGCAAUAUCUGCAGCAAACAGAUCAUGGGUCGCUUGCUCCAGGGAGCGGCAUAGAAACUCCUUACGCGACUGAUUCUACCAUGACGACUCCAUCAUCACAUGAACUUAUCGAAGUCGAUGAGCCCUCUCACGCCAGCGCUGAGCCCACUUCACAGCUUCUAUCACAGAACACCUCAGCUGCACCUGCGCCACCAUUGCCGCAGCGCCCGAACGCAGAUGCAAAUCAGGCCCCACCACUACCAUUGAGAAACGCUGCAUUGUCCGAAUUAGAUGAACAGCAGCAGAACGAGAAGAGAUCCGAGACGUAUUCGAUCCGACAUGUCAACUGGACAGACCCCACCGGGAAAUUGCGAGAGUCUCCGGUCCUUGUCCAAAACAAAAACGGGCCAUGUCCGCUACUAGCCCUUGUCAACACGCUAGUACUGCGUGCGGAUCAGGACACACAGCCACCAAUUGUUAGAGCGCUGCGGACCAAAGAGCAGAUCUCUCUCGGUCUGUUGAUUGAGGCGUUGUUUGACGAAUUGACGACCCGCUUGGGGACUGAUGGUGAACUUCCGGAUAUCGAGGCGCUCAGUCGCUUCCUGACGAUGCUGCACACGGGAAUGAACGUCAACCCUCGACUUACUCUGGAAUCGGAUGACGCCCCAGGCACCUUCCAAAAUACAGACGACAUCCGGCUCUACGGGACUUUUGGCGUUCCUCUCGUGCACGGUUGGGUCGCAUCACCUGCAAGCGAAGCCGAUGGCGCACUGAAAAGGGUGGCACAAUACUAUGAAGAUGUCCAAUUACUGCCCUUCCGCAAACAGGAACUUGAAGAUCGUGUCUUCCGAGGGGAUACACUAACUUGGGACGAGGAACAAGCCAUGAAAGAUAUUCACGCAAUCGAGAGAUUUACUGAAAUUGAGAACGCGACUCAGUUGAGUCCAUUUGGGUUGGACCACCUGACCGAGAAAAUGCGUCCUGGAACUUUCUCAAUCUUGUUCCGCAACGAUCAUUUCUCGACUGUCUAUAAACAUCCUCAGCGGCAUCAGCUGUUUACCCUGGUCACCGAUGCCGGCUAUUCCAAUCACGCGGAAAUUGUCUGGGAGUGUCUCGUUGAUGUGAAUGGAUUCAACGCAGAGUUCUUUUCGGGCGAUUUUCGCCCCGUUGGUCAUGCUCCUUCCGGGACGGACCCAUCCGGGCCACGAAACUCCAGCAACAGAACAAACGUUCCUCCCGUCGCAAGUGAAGAUAGAACAAGUGCAUUGUCUCCUCAAGAGCAAGCCGAUGCUGACUACGCCUACGCACUUUCUCUUCAAUACCAGGAAGAAGAACGCCGGGAAAGAGAGAGCAAUAACCAGUCACGCGGUCAACGAGCUUCGGCCCCAAACCAUCCCUCAGGAGCUUCUUGGGGUUCAGGCUCGGCUCAUCAACGUUCGGCGAGUGUAGCAAACGGUAGCGGUAGUGGACGCACGUCGGAAGGCCGCUCGUCAAGGCACGGUCAAGGCCCUGGCGCCAGUAAUAACGCUGAAGAUCUCCCUCCGCCAUCCUACGAACAAGCGGCUACCAGUCCAGCACACUCACCACGAGACAAUUAUUACAAUGCUUUACCUCAGCAAGCUCGAUAUCAAAGACACUCGUUGGGACGGCGAGUAGCCCCAGGUACUGUCGCAGCAGGCCCAGGAGAUCGGGUCAAGGAUCGAAACAAAGACUGUGUGGUCAUGUAG